AUGAGCGAUAGCUACACGAAAGACGAAUUGAUCUCAAUAUUCAAGCAAUUCAAAUCUGAUAAAUCGAACAGAGUGUGCUUCGAUUGUCCAGCUAAGAAUCCAACUUGGGCAUCUGCGACGUAUGGCAUUUACAUUUGCUUGGACUGCAGCUCAAUACAUAGGAAUAUGGGCGUACAUCUGUCAUUCGUUAGAUCUACAACGCUUGAUAGCUGGAAUUCCCUGCAACUGCGUACGAUGAGAUGCGGUGGUAAUCAAUCUGCAGUGGAUUUCUUCAAUACCCACGCAGGAGGUCACUUGUUGAACGAUUCAGACGUAAAAGCAAAAUAUAACUCAGGAAUUGCAAGAUUAUACAAGCAAGAACUCGCAAAGAGGGUUGAGAAAGACCACAUUGAUUUUCCUGGGAAAGUCCUUGUCCCUGGCACUCAAUCUGUUGCUAAACCUGAAAGUAGAGUUGAAGACGACUUCUUCAACAACUGGGAUAAGCCUUCCUCACCUGCCCCAGCUGCGGAUCCGGCAAGCAAGCCAGCUGGACCUCCAACUAUUGGCAGAACUGUCUCUCAAACUAGCGCGACUUCGAUACCUUCAGACAGCACCGGGACUUCACCCCAAACUCAAGUUUCUCGACCUUCCUCAACUCCUAGAACAAUCUCUUCAGCAUCUCUUAGACAACCGUCCAGCUCAGCUCGCCCUGCAAAAUCAACUUCAAAGCUCGGCGCAUCCAAGUUUGGCGCAAAGAAAGCCUCAACUCCGUUCAACUACGAUGAAGCUGAGAAGAAGGCUCAGUUGGAAAGUGAGAGAUUGAAAGCAGCAGAAUUGGAGGCUCAUAAGCGUGCUGAAGAAGAAAUGACCAAGCAAGCAGCUCAAGCUGAAGCAGAUGCUGCGGCUACUGCUAUUUCUGCACAAAAUGCUGAAAAGGCUCGUAAAGAGGCUAAGACCGCUAGUCCAUCAGUAGAGAAGCUUGAACCACGAAUGGCUAGACUUGGAUUUGGUCAGACAACCGGUGCAAAGAGUACUCCUUCAGCCUCGACACCAAGCUUCAAAUCAACUAAGGAUGAUGCACCAACUACGGCCAGAGACAAGUUUGGUGGUCAAAAAGCGAUUUCAUCUGAUAUGUACUUUGAACGCGGUAAUUACGACGCAGACGAAAGUGCCGCUGCACAAGGCAGGCUCAGAGAGUUUAAUGGACAAACGGCCAUCUCAUCUGAUGCCUAUUUUGGAAGAGAACGGAACUCGUUUGACGAAGAUGACCAAGCAAAUGAAGGAAUGCUCGGCAGUGGUGAUACCUAUCAGCAACUUGAAGACACAGCGAGAGACUGGGCUCAAAGAGUUGCUGCAAACCCAGAUGUUCAACAACUUGGAGAGGGAAUACGUGCUGGUGCACUUAAACUUUCAGACUACCUUGCAUACUGGUCAACUGAACAACGCUAA